CCACACACCGGCGGUGUAUUCAUUUGAAUGGUACAACUCCUAAACGCUAGCGGGACCUACACAGAGAGGAGUGCUCUGGAGUUCAACCAGUUUUUCACGUUUUGGAUUUACACACCUGAGGAGACCCAGUGCGUCUUCACACAAUGAUCAGUUGUUUAUCCAGCAGUGUCUCACAGUGUGGAAGCUGGUAAGCAUGUCCGGCAACGAGAAGUCUUGAAGAUCAACCAGAAUAAAUCCAUAUGGCUCUCGGCAAUCCUGCCUGCAUUUUUCUCCUGAAAAGAACAUGAAGCAGGUGGAUAUUAUAAAUAAGGAAGAUUUAGAUAAAGAAAGAUUUCAAGUCCAUUACGGAAGACACAGCCCAGGCAAAGCAAAGCGAUUGUCAUCUUGCAAGAGGAAGGGUUGUCCAUUGGUGGAGGUGGGCUUAAAGCUGCACCGCAAAUCAUCAGAUGUAGGCUGUGCCCGUAAACCCGGCAUGGCCAACAAAGAAAAUGAGCUGACGUGCACCGAUGAUGUGCGGGGAAUGCACUAUGACAACUGCGGGCUCCCUAUGAACUCUGCAGAGGCCUCCAAGAUGGCAGGGGCCAGCUCCAAGUACAGAGACUUAACUGAACUAUCAAAGGACCAUGAAGCCAUGACUCAUGUCCUUUUCGGAAGGAACCUACGACUAAAAGUAGCCCAAACACUAUGGCGAAAAAAUGCCAGUGAAUUAGUGGCCUACCUAAUAAGAAUUGAAGACACAGGGGUGCUGCUUGACUGCUUACCUGUCUUAACAAAUAACCUUCAAACUGAAGCACCAUGUUUGUCACUUGGUUGCUGUGUUGACCUCAUGCCCCUUGUUAAAGUGAUUCUUGCCAGUAAAUAUGAAGAGAACAUCUUGGUGGGUUUACACUGGGUUCAAUCCGUCAUCAGGAAAUGGUGGCCAGAACUUUCUAAGAAUGAGAAAAGACUGCGGGACAGUUGUUCAGAAGACAGGAAUAUUGAAGUCAUGAAGCAGAGGCUGAAGGACUUGUGGAAGGAAGGAGCCCGGUUACGUUUGGUUCCAGGAUCUACGGGAGAGCUGGCAAAGGCCAUCGAGUCUUAUCUACUGCAGCUGCCCUGACGGUUGUCAAUGUAGCUCUGUGAGGAUGUGACCACUACUGCCGGAUCAUGGCUGUGUUACGAACUGAUAAUGACGCCAGAGAAGGAGACUGGUUCAUUCUGCCACUUAAACUAAACCCCAUUAUUGGGACUGAACUUGACAUUUCAGACAACUCCCUCAGUUAGAGCUGGAGACUCUUGCGGAGGACUGAGACACACCAACACACACACACACACACACACACACACACACAGCAAAUGACUGCUUCACAUUGAAGUGGACCUUGCGAAGGGGCAUAUUUAGUGGACCUCCAUGAGACUGGGUGUAACGUUGCUUUAUGAAGUGCCAAGCUCUUUGUCUCUCGCUACAUCACUCUUUGCCAUGGAAUGCAAAUGCACUUGUGGAAGUAAUGAAUGCUCCGCUGUUUUAAUGUUUUUUUUGCGCCUGGGUUCUCUGGAAUCAUGAACUUGAAUCUGCAACAGUCUUAAGUUAUUAGAACUCCUCUUGUUUUCACUUUGCCUCUUCAUAUGACAUUUGACUGUAUAAUAUAAAUUGUAAAAA